AAUUAAUUUUUUCAACACACCUGAGUUAUGCUAUUUUCUUUUUUGUUUAAUUGUCAUUUAUAGAUGAACGAAGAUUCAUUUGAUUUUUUGGAAACCCUUGAAUUACUUGAUGAAUCACAAUGGCUGUACAAAGAUCCAGUCACUGAAGUUUUGCUUAAGGGUCAUCUAGACUCAUUUCCAAGUCAAUGGCUUGAUGCAUUGCAAGAUUUAACAAACAAUGAAUUAAACGACCUGGUUGUUAAUAAAUUUAUCAAAUCUAGCUGGCCAAUUGAACUCGUUCAAUUUGUUAAAAAAUGUGACAAGCUUAAUAAAUUAAAUAAAUUUAUACCUGUUGAAAUUCCAAGUCUUCCAAAUCACUUCAAGCAAGGUUUGAGUCUCAAAAAACAACAUGAAAUUUUUUAUUUAGCUAAAUUAACUCAUGAAAAAUGUUUGGAGACUGGAAUUAAUACAAUCGUUGAUUUGGGUGCUGGUUUAGGAUAUAUUUGUCAAAUUUUAAAUUACCUGUAUGGCUACAGAAUCCUGGGCUUUGAAUCAAAUAAAAAAAAUCAAAUAACUGCUGAAGAACGUCAAAAAAAAUUAUACCCUGAGUCUCUGAAUGACGUUAAAUAUAUUUGCUCAACAAUAACUGAUGAAUCAUCAGAUGACAUUGAAUCUAUUCUUGAUAAUUUUUUAAAUAAAAAAGAUGAAAAAAUAUGUAUAAUUGGUUUACACUCUUGUGGUGAUUUGAGUGUUAAUGCUUGUAAAUUAUUUUCAAAAUUACCAAGAGCAAAACUGUUGAUAAUCGUUUCAUGCUGUUACCAUAAAAUUGAAUUUGAUAAUGAUUCAAACAAGUAUAAAAAUUUUCCAAUAUCAAAUACAUUAUCAGCAGCAAUUAAAAAUUAUCCAAAUGAUGUUUAUAAAUUUUUAAAUCGUUCAUUUUUGCGACUUGCUUGUCAAGAACCAGCAGACAGAUGGGAAAAUAUGUCAGCAGAUCAACAUCAAGAGCAUGCUUUUUGUGUUCUCGCUAGAGCAGUCUUGGAAUUUUACACACGUCAGAAUGGAAUCAAUUUGAAAAAACAAGUACGAAAAGCAACUAGAAAAUCUCAAUGUCUUGAUUUUGAUACUUAUCUUGUUGAUUCGCUGCAACGUUAUUCUUUCAACAAUGUAAAUCAAUCAACUGAUUCACAAUUAACAAAUAGUAUAAAAAAAAUUUGGCAAGAUAAUAAAAGUAAAUUAAAUACUGCUGAAAUUUAUACUGGUCUCCAAUUAUUACUUCAGGCACCAUGUGAAUCACUUGUAUUAAAUGACAGAAGAUCAUGGCUAAUUGAACAAGGAUAUAACAGUCAAAUUAUUCCAAUUUCAAACUCUAAAAUAUCACCACGUUGUCAUGCAAUUGUUGCAAUAAAAUAAUUAACAUUU